UAUAUACGUCACAUAAUUAAUAUAUAUGUUUACAUAUUUAGUUAUCAAUGUGUCUGUGCCUUGAUCCACCUCCGCAAAAGUUACCACGAGUUGACUUAAAGGUUACAAGUGAAGAAUUAUAACAAUAAAUCGACUAAUUAACGAUCACGGAGCAAAAGAGUUUCAUACAACAUGAAUGCUAUUCAUGCUAUUGCCAAUCGCAGAUUAGCGACCGAAUCAACUAAAAAAUUGAUUUAUCCAGCAGCAGAUCGUAAUAAGGAUCCAAUAUUGAAUGUUCUCAAAAGAAUAAUAUGUCCAGGAGCGAAUCAAGUGUUUCUUGAAAUAUCGUCUGGUUCUGGUCAGCAUAUCACCCACUUUGCGCCGCAUUUUCCUCAGGUGACGUUUUAUCCUUCUGAAUGUGAGCACAGAUUACUGGAGAGUAUUUCUGCUCACGUUAACGGUCUUACGAAUGUCCAUCAGCCAGCUCUCAUUGACAUUACGACGAAUUACACGACAUGGGCUGAUGGUAUUUUUACUAAGGAUAGUGUUGAUUAUAUUUACAACGCCAAUAUGAUGCACAUUUCGCCGUACGAGUGUUCAAUUGGACUUUUUAAAAACGUCGGCGAGCUUCUGAAACCUGACGGUACCUUAAUUACCUACGGACCUUAUGCUGUUGAUGGCGAAAUCACUCCCGAGAGCAACGUUCAGUUUAAUAAAUCCCUCAAGUCUCAAGAUCCUCGCUGGGGACUGAGAGAUAUCAGAGAUUUAGAAAAAUUAGCCGCGGAAAAUAAUUUAAAACUUGUUGAAAUAUUCGAUAUGCCGGCUAACAAUAAGACUUUGAUAUGGAAAAAAAUAAUUUAA